CUGUACAUUUUAGGUGCCAGUUACCCAGCAAGGCUAAAGCUAGAUAUAUAUUUUAAUAAGCAUUUGGAUAUUGGGCCCACAAAUGGUAUCCCUCCUCAAUUCCGCAAGUCGGUUUAGCAACCAAAGAAAACGAUUUCCGUUCUACGGUCAUGAAAAAUGCUUUGUCCUUAAAGAUCUCCACCUGUACAAAUGCGCUGAGUAGGACUUGUUUCAGCAGAUCAUAUUGAGGAUCUUUGCCUGUACAAAAGCUCCCCAAGCAAGUUGACUCCUGCAAAACAGGAGGAAUACUAAGAAUUCAGUAACUGUGUUGGACAGAAUCAUGUGCUAUCGGUGUGUCCCUGUGAGACAUUAUUUCUCUUCAUCUUGUGACAGUGAAUUCCACAGAUGCCUGAGGGGAAACAUGCUUACUUCAUAGCUCCAGUUAAGCAGUACAUCUUUACUUCACUACAUUCAGUUUGCUGCCCCUGGUUCUACAACUUGUAAUUCGAAGGUCAGGUACCACUCUGACUGAAGCGGAGAGGAAGCAAGGAGAUUUGUGAAUAUGUGGGCUCUGUUGGCUAUUCUUUUUAACCUUGUACUACUGAUAGACUUUCUAUAUGGCCGGAACAGCUGCAAAAAUGAAUCCUGUUACCCAUCUAUUGGGGACUUGCUUGUGGGUCGUAGUGAACAGCUAACAGCUUCAUCAACCUGUGGACUCACUGGUCCACAGCAAUACUGUAUCAUUGGCUACCUUGAGGAUGAACAGAAAUGUUUCACCUGCGAUUCCAGAUAUCCCUAUCACCCCUUUUUCCAAGCCAACAGUCACUCGGUUGAAAAUGUGAUCACAGAUUUUGAGACCGACCAAAAGAAGUGGUGGCAAUCUGAAAAUGGUAUUGACCAUGUUAGCAUUAGGCUGGAUUUGGAAAACGUAUUUCAGUUUAGCCAUCUUAUCCUGACUUUCAAGUCCUUUCGCCCUGCUGCUAUGCUGGUGGAACGUUCUGCAGAUUAUGGUCAAACUUGGAAGGUAUACAGAUAUUUUGCCCAAAACUGUGCUGCUUCUUUCCCUGGUAUUCCUUCAAGGCCAGCCAGAGAAGUUGGAGAUGUUGUUUGUGAUUCAAGGUAUUCAGAUAUUGAGCCUUCAACUGAAGGGGAGGUUGUAUUCAAAGCCUUGGAUCCUAGCUUUGAAAUAGCAAAUCCUUAUGAUCCAUACAUCCAAGAACUCAUCACUUUUACAAACCUGAGAAUCAACUUUACCAAGCUCCACACACUUGGAGAUACUUUACUUGGACGAAAACUUCACAAUCCUCUAGAUAAGUACUACUACGCACUUUACGAAAUGGUUGUUCGUGGGAGUUGCUUUUGCAAUGGUCAUGCCAGCUACUGUGGUCCGGUGCAGAAUCUGAGAGGCGAUGUGUUCCAUCAACCUGGAAUGGUCCAUGGGAGCUGCCUCUGCGAGCACAACACAGAUGGUUUGUCCUGUGAAAGAUGUAAAGAUUUCUACAAUGAUGCUCCCUGGAGGCCAGCAGAAGGAUCACAGGAAAAUGCUUGCCAAAAGUGUGAAUGCAAUGGUCAUUCUGAAAGUUGCCACUUUGAUAUGGCAGUGUACCUUUCCAAUAAUCGUAUCAGUGGUGGUGUAUGUGAAGACUGUCAGCAUAAUACAGUGGGACAACACUGUGAUCAGUGCAAGCUUUUCUUUUAUCGGGACCCACAGAAAGCAAUUUCAGACCCUCACGCUUGUAUCUCCUGUGACUGUGAUCCAGAAGGUACAAUGUACAAUGGGCUGUGUGAAAGUCACACAGACCCUGCUCUUGGAACUAUUGCUGGCCGCUGCCGUUGCAAGGAAAACAUUGAAGGUGUUCAUUGUGACAAGUGUAAGCCAAACUACUACGGAAUGAAUGGCAGUGAUCCUCUUGGCUGUCAACCUUGUAACUGCAACCCUUCUGGAAGUUUGUCUUUCUCUGUUUGCAAUCCGGAGACUGGAGAGUGUUUGUGCCAGCAGUUUGCCACUGGGCAGCAUUGUGAAGAAUGUCUUCAAGGAUACUGGGGCCUUGGAAGUAAUUUAUAUGGAUGUUCCCCAUGUGACUGUGACAUUGGUGGUGCCCACAAUAACUUGUGUGCUUCUACCAAUGGUCAAUGUGAGUGCCUGCCCAACAUAGUGGGCCGUCAGUGUACUGAACCAGCUGCAGGCCACUUUUUCUUACCUUUGGAUUAUUAUAUAUAUGAAGCAGAAGACUCAGUGCCACUUCCUGGAUCUUCACCACUGAUUCAACCCACAGCUAUGCCACGGUGUGAUGUCUAUUUUCGACAAAAAGGUUAUGAUUUCACAAUGGAAAAUGGAAAAAUCAUCUUGAACAGGAAUAAGAACCGAGGCGUACGGAAAGCAGCAGCUGGACAGGGUGCAAUGCUGCUGGACAAGAACUCUGCUCUUGAUAUUGUUAUUAGAGAGUCUAUUCCUGGAAAGCCAAUAACAUGGUCAGGUCCAGGUUUUGUACGUGUUCAGAGUGGAACAGGCUUAAGAUUUACAAUCAACAACGUCCCUUUCCUGAUGGAUUUCAAUAUCAUCCUUCGCUAUGAGCCUGAGUCUCUAGAAGACUGGAUGGCAAGCAUUGUCGUAAAGCCUUCCGGUCCUGUAGGAAGUGAACGUUGCAAGAGUGAGGCAGCCUUGCAAGAGCCACACUCAUUGGCUCUGCCGUCUACAGCAAGAAUUGGACUGCUGGCUACUUCUGUAUGCUUAGAACCAGGAAGGGAAUAUUUUGUAGAUGCUCAUUUUUCAGUAUCUUUUGCUUCAGACUCAAAGACUCACUCAUCCAUACUGAUUGAUUCACUUGGACUUAUUCCCAAAAUCAGUUCUGUGGAAAACUUUUGUGACAAAAAUGAUUUAGACGAGUAUCAGCAGUACCACUGUAUUGAAAUAGCUUCAGAAAUUGGAACACAUAUCCUACCAGAAGCAUGUGCCAAGCUAAUAGCAAGUCUGUCUGCCCAUAUUCACAAUGGUGCAGUUUCUUGCAGGUGUCAUCCACAAGGUUCAAUGAACUCUAAUUGUGAGAAACUUGGAGGCCAAUGUCAAUGCAAACCAAAUGUCAUAGGCCGCUGUUGUGAUAAAUGCUCUGCUGGAAGCCAUAGCUUUGGGUCCCAAGGUUGUCUCUCAUGUGAUUGUCAUCCUCAAGGAUCAGUAAGUGCACUAUGUGACCAGGUAACAGGGCAGUGUUUGUGCCGCUCAGAAGUAGAUGGUCGACAGUGCAAUCGCUGCUUAGCUGGAUACUUUGGAUUUCCCCAUUGUCGGCCUUGUCCUUGCAAUGGCUUUGCAGAACUUUGUGAUCCCCAGACUGGAGAGUGCUUAGACUGCAGAGAAUUUACAACUGGAGACAACUGUGAAAGAUGUAUUGAUGGCUACUACGGAAAUCCCCUCAAAAGGGAGCCAUGUCGUCCAUGCAUGUGCCCAGAUUCCCCUACAAGCAAUAGGUACUUUGCAGAUUCCUGUUACCAAGAUCCUUGGACCAUGCAACUAAUCUGCAACUGUUUGCCUGGCUACUCAGGUAAUCAGUGUGAUGACUGUCCCAGUGGGUUCUAUGGCAAUCCAAAAGCAGCAGGCCAAUGUCUUCCAUGCUCAUGCAAUAACAAUAUUGAUGAAGAAGAUCCAGGCUCAUGUGACAAGGAUACUGGAGUGUGCUUACAAUGUUUACAUGACACUCAUGGACCAAACUGCCAGUUCUGUAAACCUGGCUAUUUUGGAUCUGCACUUCUGAGGAACUGUAGAAAAUGUAACUGUAACCUUUUGGGUGUGGACCCAACAGAAUGUGUAUCCAGCGAUGGCCUUUGUUUGUGUGACCAGUCAACCGGAGUAUGCCCUUGCUUGCCUAAUGUGAUAGGCUCCAAGUGUGACCAGUGUGCUCCUGGCUAUUGGAACAUGAUUCAGGGAAUCGGAUGCCAUGCCUGUGAUUGCAAUCCAAAGCAUUCCCAAAAUAACUUGUGUGAUCAGGUUACAGGUCAGUGUUCAUGUAAAUUGGGCUACACUGGAAGACGUUGUGAUAUAUGUGAUGAAAACUAUUUUGGUGAUCCUCAGAACCACUGUCUUUAUUGCAAAUGUCACAAGGAUGGAACCCUGAAGCCCGAGUGUGAUAAAGACACUGGAGCGUGCAACUGCCGUGUUGGGGUCACUGGAAGAUUCUGUGACCAAUGUGCGAGGGGUUAUGACCAGGACUUUCCAUCCUGUUCCCGCUGUCACAUCUGUUUUGAUCAGUGGGAUAAUGUAGUGACUUCCCUAUCUCAUAAAAUUCAAACAUUAAUGAGAUUUGCUGCAACACUAGGAGACAAGACGAACAUAGUGCCAGGCUGUGAUGUAGACAUCAAAGGCCAUGAAAAUACAAUUUCUGAAAUAGAAAGAAUUUUAAAAAGCCCUUUUCUGUCAUCAGAGAUGCUCUCAGACAUUAAAAAGGAUCAUGACCACAUUCGACAGAAGGUUUCACAAAUGUAUCUGCAACCUGACUUUUUGGAUCAGUUUCCUGACCUCAGUAAGAUAAUAGAAGACAUAAGGACAGAUGCUGAUCAUCUGUCUGAAACUCUACAAAAGAAAACUGAACUGCAUCACAGAAUUAAUUACAUGCACUUCCAAGAUUUGCUCAACAAAAUAAGGAAUUAUUACCGAAUAAUGUUGUCUGCUGGAGAGAGAAUCAGCGGAACAAAGUCUGUCUUAACACAUGGAGAGAAAACCAGGAGUACUAUAGUUGCCAUGCUAGAAGAUUUUGCCACACAGAAAAGCAUUGCACUGGAUCGGCUGAAGAUGUUCAGUACUUCAGAUAUACAACAUUUAAAUGAGAAGAUUUGUGGAGCACCAGGAAACUUGGCUUGUGUUGUGUCAGACUGUGGAGGAGCUUUAUGUCGAGAUAAGCAGAAGGGAAAACAUUGUGGUGGUCCAGGCUGUAAUGGAGCACUCGCUCUUUCUACAAAUGCCAUUGGAAAAGCCAGUCAAACAGCGGUAUUAGUAAAUAACCUGACCAAGCAAAUACAAGGAUCUGAGAAUAAGAUUGGAAAUAUCAGGAGAAUGACUGAAGAUACCAAGAAGAAAGCCACACAGAUACAUGGAGAUCUGGAGAAAAGUAGAAAUCAAAUAGAAAUGGAAGGAGAAAACACCAAAUCCCUCAUCAAGAAACUGAAGAAUUUUCUUUUAGAGGAGAGUGCCCCACCAGAAGACAUAGAGAAAGUAGCCAAUUAUGUCCUGGGCAUCACCUUGCCAGUGACUCCCUAUGAGCUAACAAAUGUGCUUCUUAAACUCAAGAACCUUAUGACUCACUGUGAUGAUUCUUCAACCUAUGUGAAUGACUUAAAUAAGCACAUGGAAGAGGCACAGAACCUUCUGGUAAAAGCACAAAAAGCCGAGAAUGUAACAAAAGCUCUUCUAACACCUGAUGAAUUGAUAAGGAACUUAGAAGAAAUUGAAAAUAUUCAAGGGCAAACUAAAGAUGACUUAACAAAGUUAAAUGGAAAAAUAGCAGAAACUAAAACAAAAAUCUCAGAGACUGGGAACCAAACAAAAAGAACUGAUGCUGAAUUACAAAACUUUUCAGAAAAACAAUCAGAGCUGGAAGAUGAAAUUAUCUCCCUACAGACUAAAAUGCAGAUGAAUAGGAAACAAGUAGCAAAUGCAGGAUCAGAAGCAGAAAAAGCACUAGAUCAAGCUAUGGCAACUGAUAAGGAUUUUGCUAAUCUUAAAAAAGAAUAUGUCAGCUUGCGAGAAAAAUUCAAGACUAAAGGCCUUCCUUUGGCAACUUUAGAGAAAAUUAAUCAGUUGAAAAGAGAGGCAGAGGAAUUGGCUAAAGAAACUGAAGACAAGAUGAAAAGAAUAGCAGAUUUAGAAAAGAAGGUACAAGAUUUGAACCUGAUUAAACAAACUAAGGCUGAUCAACUGAAACAACUGGAAGAUCAAGUGAUAGCCAUUAAAAAUGAGAUUACUGAGCAGUCAAACAAAUAUGCUACUUGCAAAAGUUAAGAACCUGAAAUGACCGGAGAUGAAGAAUGAACUUUCUGUAGCUGUUUUGUAACUAUGAGCAUUUAAUAGAUUGUAUUGCUAUCAUAACACUGAAGUGGAGUUGUAUGCUUAUUGCAAACAAAGGAAGGAAUGCCCUUCUUACAAGGAAACAUGCCUAGGUUUUGCCACACAAGUAAACAAGAUCAUCAAUCAGGCAACAUAAGAGUUAGCUUGAUCAAACCAAGGAGUCCAUCUGUCUUAGUAUUCUGACACUCAGUAAGCUGUCCUUUAUGAACUUUGUUGUCAGGGCUAGUCCGACUCUUAAGCAGAGUCUUGUGUAUGUUGGAAGGCAAAGCUGUGGGUGGAAAACACCCUGCCCUGUGCUCCCCAAAAUAAUCUGCUUGCUAGCAUUGAUCUACCAGGACAGGCUUCAUUACAGAUUGGGUCAAAAAUUAGUGGCAUCUCUCAACUCACGUUGACUUUUACCAUGUAAACUGAAGGGGAAAACUUGUACUUUGAUUGGGGAGCUCAAAAUCUCUCAGUUCUGUGGCAUAUAGUUCCAAAUGGGUUCUUUUAAACACCCUUCUGAA